CAUACAAGUUUUAGUCCAGUUGUCCGUCUGCAGUGUUAUACGUUCAAGUUUUUAUUUUUUUUAUAUUUAGUGCAAAAAUAUUAGUUGUGGAAAUAUAAAGAGUGGAAUAUUUUAGUGUUAUAGUGAGUUAUCAAAGAGGCAAUGGCCAAAACAUAUAACAAUAAUAAUUUAUAGAAAAAUACACAUAAAAUGAACGCGACGUCAGCUGUGCUUGGAAUUAAAAAAAUACAAGGAGCCUUGAAGAUAUUGGCAGCGUUGCAGCUGACUGCAUACUUGUGGCCGCAACAAGCCCAAGUUCAAGAUGGUGCUUGUUUCGACUACAUCAUUGUCGGCGCUGGAUCAGCGGGCAGUGUGAUAGCGAACAGAUUGACGGAGCUCGACAAAGCCACAGUUUUACUAAUCGAAGCUGGUGGCGAUCCUCCUGUUGAAUCUGUAAUACCAGGAUUACUACCAUUUCUAAAGAACACAGAAGUGGACUGGAAUUAUGAAACAGAGAAUGACGGAUACAGUCAACAGUACCACAAAAAUUAUGGAGUAGAACUUACGAGAGGGAAAAUGCUGGGAGGAUCUAGUUCAAUCAAUUUUCUAGCUUACACCAGAGGCAACUAUCAUGACUUUAACAAUUGGGCCAAGAUGACUGGUGAUGAAUCUUGGAAUUGGGAGAAUGUUCUUCCGUAUUUCAAGAAAAGUGAACGUCUAGUCGACCCAGUCAUGCUCCAUUCCAGUGCUCGUAGUUUUCAUGGAACUGAUGGAUAUUUGGCCACAACCAGGAAAUAUAAUGAAGAGGUUCUGAAAUACUUCGAAGCUUUUCAAGAAGUCGGGAACAGAAUCGUCCUGGAUACAAAUGGUGACACGCCUCUUGGUAUAACUGAAUGCAUGUUCAACAUUGAUAAUGGUGUCAGACAAAGUACAGCGCAGUCAUUCUUACAUCCAAUUAAAGAUCGGCCCAAUUUAUUUGUUCUCAAAAACACGUUAGUAUCAAAAAUCCUCUUCGAUGAAGACAAGAAUGCUAUUGGUGUGGAAGCCAUAUUAGAAAACGAUGACGUUGUACAGUUUAAAGCUGAUAAAGAAGUUAUUGUAUCAGCUGGUGCCAUUAAUACGCCGCAGUUACUAAUGCUUUCUGGUAUAGGGCCAAAAGAACAUUUAGAAAGUCACAAUAUACCAGUUGUUUCUGAUCUUCCUGUUGGUCAGAGUCUACAAGACCAUAUCAUGGUUAUGAUGGCCCAUAAAAUGGGUAAAUCACCUCCACCAAAACCUGUAGACUACUCAUAUAUAGGAAGUCCAUUGAUGAUGGGAUACACAAGUUUGAACAAAAGUAAAAAUUAUCCAGACUACCAAUCCAUUAACUUUAUCAUGAACGACCCAACUCCUAUGUUGCAAUUUUGUUCUUUUUAUUUCUCUUACAUCGAUGAAAUAUGCCAAACAUUGUAUGAUAAAAGUAUUGGGAAAGAAGUAUUAUUUAGUUUAGUGAUAUUGUUAUACCCAGAAUCUAGAGGAAGAAUAUUAUUACGAAGCACAGAUCCAAAGGAGAAACCCAUAAUUUACACUGGAUAUUAUUCAGAUCCUGUAGAUUUGGAAAGGCAUGCAAUGUAUGUGGAAGAUUUUGCGAAGAUUCAACACACAGAGUUUUUUGAAAGCGUUAACGCUGAAAGAGUUGAGCCAGAAGUGUGUGGAUGUGAGAACAAGUAUUCUACUGAAGAAUAUUGGAAAUGCUAUGCGCUAUGUAUGAUGGUGUCUGGGUACCACUACUCUGGGUCGGCGGCUAUGGGAGUGGUGGUUGAUUCUCGUCUUAAUGUCUUUGGGGUCCAAAAGCUUAGGGUCGCGGAUGCCAGUGUAAUGCCAAAGAUUACUGGAGCCAAUACUAAUGCAGCGACGAUUAUGAUUGGAGAACGUGCAGCUGAUAUAAUCAAAGAAGACCUUUUCUUAAGGUCUAGAUGUUAGAUUUAGCUAAUUGUUUAUUUAUAUGUCUUUGUUAUAUUUUUAAUAGCAUUGGACGUCAAAUGAGGCGGAUUACCUGAUGGUAAGCAAUCAUUACUGUCCAUAGACACCCGCAAGACAAGAUUCAAGGCAAGUGUUGUUUCUUGCCUCGAGCAGCCCAUUCGUGUCAAAGCAUGGUGUAAAAUAGUUUAUUUUUUAACUGUGCCGUUGAGAUUAACAUAGAAGUUAUGACGGGGCCGAUGUGUA